AUGAAAUUCAUCAUUGUCGUUUCUGCACUACUAGCUUGUGCGGCUAGUUCUCCUACUGCUUACAUAGUACCACUAGCGGAAAUAUCAGCGCCCAUUGCAAGCCAAUACCACUCUCAAGAUAGUCUAGGACAAUAUACUUACGGAUAUGCUAAUCAUCUCAGUGCUAAAUCGGAAGCUAGAGCAUUUGAUGGAUCUGUUUUGGGAAGUUACAGCUAUGUGGAUGCCAAUGGUAAGAUUCAAUCAGUAGAGUAUGCCGCUGAUGACCAAGGGUUUAGAGCGACGGCUUCUAAUUUGCCAGUAGCUCCUGCAGUACCUGAAAUUCCCGUUGUAGCGGUUCCUGCUCCUAUUCAAGACACGCCCGAAGUCCUAGAAGCGAGAGCGAAACAUCUAGCUGCUGUAGAGGAAAUAAAGAGCCGUGCUGGCCAAGAUGAAAUUAAAGCUGAAGAUAGAAACUCGGUAGAAGUACCUGCUAUUAAAACCGACGUUGCUCUAAAAUCUGAAGGACAACCACUUGCAAUAACAUCAUCAAUUCCAGUUUCUCCCAUUCCGCUCUUAGCUUAUGGAUCUUCAGUAUAUGCCACACCCGGAGUAGCGAUAAAAUCAUUCGUAUCACCAACUUUUGCCCUAAGAGCCGCUCCUUCAUCUUCCUUUUCGUAUUCCUACGGAAUCAACAAUGUAUAUGGCUACAACUCACUGUAUUAUCCCGGAUUCACUGCUUACUCCGCCCCGAUUACACAAGUUGUUACCAGUCCUGUGAUAGCUAAAAGUCUACUAGAACAUCCACAAUUUCGUAAACUUGAAGGAAAUGCAGUAAAAAUUGAAAGUAACGAAGGACGUGAAGAAAAAUCUGAUCAAAAGAAACUCGAAACUGUUGAAAAACAAGAAAAAAUGUCAGAUGCAAGCUCUGAAGCCAGUCAAGUUAAAGUAUCUAAUAGCGAACAGUGA